AAUAAAAAAUCGUUUUCUUUCGGCAAAAAGGAACAACGAGCCCUAACUACACCAUCCAAAAAAAAAAAUGUCAGGAGGAGUGAAGAGAUCACUGAGACAAUUCACAUUCGGCGCCGGAAAAACCGCCGGCCGUAACUGUUACGGCCGCAUCACCUCCUUCCACCGCGGCGGCGGCCAUAAACGUUUACAUCGAGUCAUCGAUCUCAAGCGCAACACUUCUUCUUCCGUCGGUAUCGUCGAACGCAUCGAAUACGAUCCUAACCGUUCAUCUCGUAUCGCUCUCGUUCGUUGGCUCAACGGUAUCAAUCCACCUCCACAACGCACCACAACCACCGCCACUGCCGCCGCAGUAUCCACCGCAUCAUCAUCCUCCAGAUUCCUCAAACACGAUCCUGCAUCAAACGGCGAAAUUCGUGGUGUGUUUGGUUUGAAUUCGUUGCUUCCACAAAUCCACGCUGGAAGUAGUUCAGGGAAGGUGUUUCUGUCGGCGUUUUCGGGGAAGGGAGAUGAAAGUGAAUCGGUUUCGUCGGCGUUAGGGUUACCGAGGAUUGCGGUGGCAGCGUCGAGACCGGAGUUUUUUGGUGUGAAAGGGGAUGGUGAGAAAUUGGAGAUUAGGAAUUGGAAGAAGAAUAGUGAUGUUUGGAUGAAUAGGAAUAAAAGGAAAACGGCGAUUUCGUGGCAGAAUAUUGCUUGAUUGUGUAAUUUGGAACUUUAAUGUUUGUUAAAUUUUAGUUUGGAUUUUGUUUUAUGUAUUUUGAAGGAUAAUGCGUGAAUUUGCAAUCGUGAAUUGAUGAUAAUUUAGGUUAUUUGCUCUGUUGAGUUUGAUUAGUUUUGCAAGUGGAAAUAAUUGUUGCUGUUUAUUUUCAAGCUUUGUACCAAUGCUUGAUGAAGCGAAUUUGAAGAAUAAUAGUGAAGCUUAUAGAUCUUUUGUUGAGUUUGAAA